AUGGCCUGGGAUCAUCUAGAUAUCGAUAAGCCCCACCUGGCCUACAUGAUCCUGGGAGGUUUCACGGGCUUGUUCAUGUUGUGCUCUCUCUUUGUGAAGGAGAAGCUUUACAUUGGCGAGGCCUCGGUCGCUACCAUCUGCGGAAUCAUCUUCGGCCCUCAUGCGGCGAAUCUCUUCAACCCACUAUCGUGGGGAAAUGUGGACAAGAUCACUCUCGAGUGCUCUCGUAUUGUCUUGGUCGUCCAAUGUUUUGCCGUCGGUGUCGAGUUGCCCAAGGCUUACAUGGAACGUCAUUGGAAGUCCGUUACUCUCCUGCUUCUACCCGUCAUGACCUGGGGCUGGCUUAUCACCAGUCUGUUCAUCUGGUGGAUGAUUGAGCCUCUCACCUGGCUGGAAGCUCUCGUUUGCUCUGCAUGCGUGACCGCUACCGACCCCGUUCUUGCGUCCUCAGUCGUUGGUAAAGGAAAGUUUGCCAAGCGUGUCCCCAGGCAUCUGCGGGACCUUUUGUCCGCAGAGUCGGGCUGCAACGAUGGCAUGGCGUUCCCUUUCAUUUACCUAUCAUACUAUAUUUUGCACUAUCGUCCGGACACAAACGAAGUAGCACUCCACUGGUUCUGUAUCACCAUUCUGUACGAGUGUAUUUUCGGCGCCAUAUUCGGAUUCACAAUUGGUUACGUCGCUCGUCAUGCGAUCAGAUUCGCCGAGCGCAAGCAAUUGAUUGAUCGCGAGAGUUUUCUCGUCUUCUACUUCGUGCUCGCCCUAUUUUGCGCAGGCUCUGGCAGUCUUCUCGGUAUGGAUGAUCUUUUGAUAGGUUUUGCCGCUGGUGUCGGCUUCAGUAACGACGGUUGGUUUACUGAGAAGACGGAAGAAUCCCACGUUUCCAAUGUCAUCGAUCUUCUGCUCAACUUGGCAUACUUUGUGUAUCUCGGUGCCAUUGUUCCCUGGGAAGACUUCAACAAUGCUGAUAUUGGCUUGUCCGCCUGGAGACUCGUGGUUAUUGCCAUCUUGGUGAUAUUCUUCCGUCGGAUACCGAUUAUGCUGUUACUAAAGCCUAUUAUACCCGAUGUCAAAACUUGGCGUGAAGCACUCUUUGCCGGUCACUUUGGUCCCAUCGGUGUCGGUGCCAUCUUCGCCUGUAUUUUGGCUCGAGCCGAGUUGGAAACCGGAACGACACAGCCAGUGGUUGAGGCAGAUUUCCCUAAACCUCAUACUCACAACUAUUAUAUUGUGCAGAUUAUCUGGCCGCUUACAACUUUCCUUGUUAUUUCCUCGAUUCUUGUUCAUGGCUCGUCUAUUGCCGUGUUUACCCUGGGGAAGCGCAUCAAUACACUAUCCAUCACCUUGUCCUACACUCAAGCCAACGAGGAAGGCCCAUCAUGGAUGAACCGCCUACCUCGUGUCCAAUCUCUAGCCAAGGGUUCAAUGUCUUUCCGCAAAGCGGACGACUCGGAGGGCUCGUCCAACGAGCCCGAGUAUCCUCCAGGCACUUUGCCGCCUAUCGGCCUUCCAGGUAACUUUCUGCGCCGGCAGCAAGAGGACGAUACUAGUUCUCCAAUCGGCAAGGUGUCAAGUCGCAGAGCUCGCAGACGCCGCAGAAGAGAUGAUGGAGCCGGCGGUCCGAUUAGUCAAUCCGCCAUUGCGCCCUUGCGUCCGUCCGAGGUGGAAUCCGAAGAUGCUGAGAGGGCUAUCAACGAAACCGAAUCGACACCGUCGCCCCCAUUGCAAACUCAGACUACCGUUAAUGUCUUCCUUGAAGGUACCGACCUGAUCUUCGAAGACAAGGAGGGCAAUGUUCUCAAAAAAGAGAGUAUUGGACAUAUGUCACCUGAACAACGGCAGCAGCACCUGGAAGCGGAACGAUCGAAACUGAACCUAGAGCUAGAACAGACCGAAGAAAGGGUCAAUCCCCAGGGCCCUACCCCAGGGGACAAGGCUGAACAGGCGAUUGGUGAAAAAACAGACCACCCUGUGGAGAAGGGUCGUAGUCGGUUCAACAAAUGGUUCGGACUCGGCAAGAAGCGAGCUGAAGGCGAAGAGAAGGCGGCCGAGGAUGACGAAAAAGCCGCUGAGAAAAAGGCUGCUAACCCUCCUAAGGGCAAAGGGCGUUCCGCUCACGCUUAUCAAUUCGGUAACACCAUUAUCGUCGAAGAUGAGGAUGGAGAAGUGAUCAAGAAGUACUCCAUCCCAGCAAACGACAAACCAGAGGCACAUGCCCCUGUCCGACGUGGACUGAACCGUAUGGGAACGUGGUUUGGUCAAGAGGAAGAAGGCGAAGCCUCUCAAACCGCGAAGAAGACCGCUGCAGAUGAGUGGUUAGCCGAUGAUGGGCUCCGAUUUACUCUGGCCAACGACGAAGAAGUCGGCAAGCGCGGUGUCAAUCACAAGGGCCGCCGAAUGACCAAGCAGGAGUUUGCAGAACGUCUUCGUGGCCUAGGACCCAAGGCUCGGCAGAGCGUCGUUGAGGAGACGGAUGUUCCUGAGCGUGUAAAAGACGUGGCUCGCGAUGAGGCUCAGCUUGCGGAGCAUCAAGAACGCCGUCGAUCCACACCUGGUGUAUCGGGUGAGCCUCAUAGACGGCCUCAGGACGAUUUAGAAUCCUUGAGCAGCGUCAGUGAUGAUGAGUCUGAUUCUGAAAUUCCCGGUCACAACGUUGCUGCCUCGCUAGCUCGGAUAGCUGCUGGAACAGCAGCAGAAGAGCGCCGCAAUGAUCUCAGCCCGUCAAUGUCUCCGUUAUCUCCUCGUCAGACAAGCUCCCGUGAACGCAGAGACUCGGAAGAUGACGGGACUGAACGCGUUCCUCCUUCACAACUCCGGGAAGCUGCUGGUCUUCUAUUGCCGCCUCGACAAGCCGACCUUGAUGAUACCGCUGAGACUCCUGCCGAACGUCGACGUCGUCUAGCUGCACUGGGUCAGUCGCAAGAAUCAGACGAGUCCGAUGAUGAUGGCGCGAUUGAAGAAGACUCUGAGAACGAGGACAAUGAUUUGCGUCAAAACCUGGGUAAGAUCUCAUUUGCUGACGGCACCAAGCUCGAAGGCGGCAGCACAUACGACCGCGAGGGCAAUGGAAUGAGCUCUCGCUCCCAUCGCCGAAGUAGUUCUCGGGUUUCCUGGGGAGGAGAGAAGGGGCGUGACAGUUAG